AUGUUAUUGCAUGUUUCAAAAUUGCAUUACCUUCGGAAUUCUUCAAUUCCUCGGCAAUUGUCAACUGCUUUACAGCAACAGAUCAGUGAAAAUGCCGAAACAUCAGAAGUUGUAUAUCCUGAAAUAUUAGACCAAUCGCUUAAAGCAAGAGGAGCAAGGAAAACUUUCGAAUGGCAUGAAAAAAUCAAAAAGAUUGGCACAAUUGAAGAGAAAAUUAUUGAAUUAAACAUGCCAAAAUAUUAUGGAUGGAAAUGUCUUAUGUUGGAAAACAAAUUCUAUCCUUAUAAUACGUUCCCGUUCUUCAAGUAUGUGACUAAUACGGAAUUUCAUGAACAACCACAAACAGCAAGAAAUGAAAAAGAAUCAAAACAAAUCGAAUCUUAUCUAACGUUAAUGAAGUCUGAAUUACAAGAAGCAAUAGAGUUUGAAAUCGAUGGAUAUAAGAGAGAUUUCGAUAUUAAAGAUUUAAAACUUACACCCCAAGAUAUCGAAAGAGCAAAGACAAGCGGUCUUGUAAAGCAACUUAAUCGUAUUUUAACCAAUUUUUUGGGAGCUGAUAAUCAACAUCUCUAUGAAGCUGAUAUUGAUAUCGAUCCAAGGCAUGACGCUUUUUGGUUUGUUGGCGGAAUUGAUCCACCUAAGAAUAUUGUUAAGCAAAGAGAGAAUUCUGCAUGGCUUAAAGAAAUAGCUGAUGAGAAUAUAGAUCGUCCAUUUCAAUAUAUUGGAAAACCAAUGUUAAGUUUACGUCAUCAAUUUCCGCUGGAACCAUUUGAAGAUGUGGAUUUCUCUGCGAUGAACAGUCUUAACAAAAAUAUUCAUUCAUCCGAUGAAUUUACAAUGGAUCCACGAACUAUCGGUUUUUUCACUGAUCACAGACAUGGAACAACUCUUCCAGGCUUUUGGCCAGGAAAUGUAAGAGAAUAUGGAUUAAUUACGUACCAAGAUAGAAACGUCUUGCUUGGCAGACCCGAAACUUUUGGUGAAGAAGAUAACCAGGAAACUUUGCAUUCUGUAGGAAUCAUAUCAAGUUUUGCUUGGACUUAUGCUCAGGCUUGUUUCCAAGGAUUUUCAACUUACAAUGACAUGACUUAUCCUCUUGUGACACAAACUGUUGUUACUAAUGGUCAAAUGUGGUCUUUCUAUAAAUAUCAGUUGAAUACAACAGUCACUCAUACAAGCCCUUUAGAACCAAAUUAUCGUUUCAAUAAGUGCUGGGGCACAAAAGAAAUGAAAUUGUAUGAUGAGAUUGAUGAAAAAGGAAAGCUUCAAGGUUUAAAUGAAGAAGUUUUAAGAAACCUCAUUCAAUUUUAUAUAAAUGAGCCUAAAGAGAGACAACACGAAAUGAAGCCGUAUCUUGAUGAAAAAGAGAAGAAAAUUGCUGAUAUUGAAGAUGUGAAACGUCGAGAUUGGUUGGAGAAAACAUUCAAAUAUAUAAUGUCAAACAAACCGAGACAGCGACUCGUUCCUGAAAUUUAUGCUUGGGAAAAGAUUUAUAAAAUUGAUCAUAAAACGAGACCACUUGAUCGACGUCUUCGAUUCUUUGAGUUAGGAAUUAAUCCGUUUGCCCGUCGAUUAAAUGAACAUCAGCCGAAAUACAUCCCACGUCAUUUACGUGCUCGUGGACCUCAUGAUCGGAAGAUCUGGGAGCCAACUUAUUACCCACUUGACAAUCGUAUGAAUAUACCAAGAGAAAUGUCUCAUUCAUCGUUCGGAGCACCAAGAGACAAAUAUGCUUACACGUUCGAUAGAAAACGAAAGAGUUACAAGGAAAAAGAAAUUCGAGUUCGUUUUGCACCAUCACCAACGGGUUUUUUGCAUCUUGGAGGACUUCGAACUGCACUGUUUAAUUAUCUAUUCGCGAAAGCAAGAAAUGGAAAGUUUAUUUUAAGAAUCGAAGAUACAGAUCAGACCAGAUUAAUCGAGGGAGCCAAAGAGCAACUUUAUAAGGAUUUGGAAUGGGCUGGAAUCAUUCCGGAUGAAGGUCCUGCGCCAGUUUAUGGUGGUAAUUAUGGACCGUAUAUCCAAAGUGAAAGACUUGAUAUAUAUGAAGAUUAUGUGAACAAACUGCUUGAAAAUGGUGACGCUUAUCACUGUUUUUGUUCUGAUCGACGCCUUGAGCUCCUGAAGAAAGAUGCUAUUAAAGCGAGACAAAUACCUAAAUAUGACAACAGAUGCCGUGAUCUCACACCGAAACAAAUUGCAGAAAAGAUAGCAAAAAAUGAUAAAUACUGCAUAAGAGCAUUAGGAUGGACGCCUCCACAUUAUGGUCAUUUACCUUUGAUAAUGAAUGCUGAUGGAAGUAAGUUAAGUAAACGGCAAAAUGAUAUCAAGUUGGAAUAUUAUCGCAGUAAGGGAAUUUUCCCACAAGCACUCGUAAAUUACGUGACACAAGCUGGUGGGGGCUUUAAUCGGAAACCAGAUGAACAAUUAUAUUCAUAUGAAAUGAAAGAAUUAACUCAAUUAUUCGAUGUUACAUUAAUCAACUCAAAUUCUAGUCGACUCAAUCCUGAGUUGUUAGGAAAACUUAACAAACAUGAACUAUUGAAGCAUCUGGAGAAUCCAAUAACUUGCAAGCAAAUAAUCGAUGAAGUCAGAUCUUUGAUCAAAAAUAAAUAUCCUUUAAAUGCUGAUCAACUUGAUCUUGAUGACGAUCACAUUCUCAAUGUUCUCAAAUGGGGAUCAAAGCACAUAACUUCAAUUAAUGAACUCACUGGAGAGAAUCUUUCAUUUUUGUGGGUGUUACCAAAAAUUGCCAAGGAUAAGGAAAUUACUUUAAAUGCAGACAUUAUUGAUGAACUCGUUGAAGAACUGAAAAAUGAAAAUUUCAGCAAACAAAAUCUCCAAACAAUUUUAAAAGACUUUUCAUCAGAAAAAAAUUUGACUUUUGCUAGUUUCAUGAAAAAUCUUCGAUCUACGUUAAGUGGAUUAAAAGAAGGACCUGGUGUAGCAGAAAUCAUGGAAAUGUUGGGCAGAGAUACAACCCUUGAAAGAAUCAUUCGAAUGAAAGGAAAGAAACAUAAAAAUUCUUGAAUUUCUUAAAAAAGGAGAAAAUAAAUAUUUAACGUUAGCAGAAUCAUUA